AUGGUGUUCAGGUCCCAGUUAGAGCUGUACAGCGCCCUUCCCUUUCUGCCAAACUCAGCCGAGCGCGCUUUUCUCCUCUUAGCCAACUCCCGGCCCCAAGAAGAGUUGUCAAUGUUCCAGCUACCGACCAUCAAUUUCACUCCGGAGCAAGUAGCCAGCGUUUGCGAGACGCUGGAGGAGACGGGCGACAUCGAGAGAUUGGGACGCUUUCUCUGGUCUUUACCUGUGGCACCGGGGGCAUGCGAGGCGAUCAACAAGCACGAGUCGAUCCUCAGAGCCCGGGCCGUAGUGGCCUUCCACACGGGCAACUUCCGAGACUUGUACCACAUCCUGGAGAACCACAAGUUCACCAAGGAGUCCCACGGCAAGCUGCAGGCGAUGUGGCUCGAAGCGCACUACCAGGAGGCCGAGAAGUUAAGGGGUCGCCCCCUGGGGCCGGUCGAUAAGUACCGCGUCCGCAAGAAGUUCCCCCUGCCCCGCACCAUCUGGGACGGCGAGCAAAAAACGCACUGUUUCAAGGAGAGGACACGCAGCUUGUUGCGAGAGUGGUACUUGCAGGACCCAUACCCAAACCCUUCCAAAAAAAGGGAACUGGCCCAGGCAACCGGUCUGACCCCGACACAAGUGGGGAAUUGGUUUAAAAACCGCAGGCAGAGAGACAGAGCGGCAGCCGCCAAAAACAGGCUGCAACAUCAGGCAGUGGGACAGAGCGGGGUUUGUACGCUAUCGGAGCCGGGCUGCCCUGCUCACAGCGCGGCGGAAUCUCCGUCCACAGCCGCCAGCCCUACUACCAGUGUGUCGAGCAUGACAGAGCGAGCCGAGACGGCCACAUCCAUCCUAUCGGUAACCUCUAGCGACAGUGAAUGUGAUGUAUGA